UCAGUCAGUCAGAGAGCGGCCAUGGCGGAGGGUGAGGGAGCUCCGCCGCCGCUACCGCUCCCCCCGGCCAAGCGGCUGUGCUCCCGGGUCAGUCCCCCGGCCCCGCUCCAGCAGCUCCCCCGAGCCCCGGCCAGGCGGCCCCCGCAGUACCCGCUGCACCAGCCCGAGUCCCUGCUGGACUGCGCGGCCAAGGCGGUGGCCGAGAAAUGGGCCUUCGAGCGGGUGGAGGAGCGCUUCGAGCGGAUCCCCGAGCCCGUGCAGCGCCGCAUCGUCUACUGGUCCUUCCCCCGCAACGAGCGCGAGAUCUGCAUGUACUCCUCCUUCCAGUACCGGCCCGAGGAGCCGGCCCCCGGGACAGCCUCGGCGGCGGGGGCCACCGGCGGACAGCCAGCCUCGGCACUCACCGGACUGGGGGCCCCGGGGGCCGGAGACGGACUGCCCUUCCGCCGGGGGAUCCGGCUCCUGGAGAGCGGCUGUGUGGAGAACGUGCUGCAAGUCGGCUUCCAUUUAAGCGGCACUGUCAUGGAACCUGCAACUCAGUCAGAGCCGGAAGUCACCUACAAAGUCGCCAUAAGUUUUGAUCGUUGCAAGAUCACCUCAGUGACCUGUGGUUGUGGUAAUAGGGAUAUUUUCUACUGUGCCCAUGUUGUAGCGCUCUCGCUGUAUCGCAUCCGCAAGCCGGACCAGGUGAAACUGCGUCUUCCUAUCUCAGAGACCCUCUUCCAGAUGAAUCGGGACCAGCUACAAAAGUUUGUGCAGUACCUGAUUACAGCACAUCACACAGAAGUGCUUCCUACAGCCCAGAAGUUGGCUGACGAGAUUCUAUCCUCCAACUCUGAAAUUAACCAAGUACACGGAGCUCCUGAUCCCACCGCAGGAGCAAGUAUCAAUGAUGAGAAUUGCUGGCAUCUGGAUGAGGAGCAGGUCAGAGAGCAAGUGAAAUUAUUCCUGUCUCAGGGAGGUUAUUAUAGCUCUGGGAAGCAGCUUAACUCCAUGUUUGCCAAGGUUCGGGAGAUGCUGCGCAUGAGAGACUCCAAUGGCGCCCGGAUGCUGACCUUGAUUACAGAGCAAUUUAUGGCCGACCCUCGGUUGGCCCUGUGGAGGCAGCAGGGAACCAGCAUGACUGAUAAAUGUCGGCAGCUCUGGGAUGAGCUAGGGGCCCUGUGGGUCUGCAUCGUGCUGAACCCUCACUGCAAACACGAUGAGAAAGCCAGCUGGCUCCGGCAGCUCAAGAAGUGGGGCGACAUGGACAUGUGUCCAUUGGAAGAUGGCAAUUAUGGCAACGAUCUUCCGAAUAUCACCAAUGCACUCCCUCAAAGCAACGGCUAUGAUUCUUUAGUGCGGCCUCGAAGGACUGUUUUCACACGGGCGAUUGAGGGCUGUGACCUUCACUGGCAGGACAGUCACUUGCAGAGAAUAAUAAGCAGUGACUUCUACGUUUCCCCUUCCUACCAGAGGGAUGGUGAAAGCCUCCUUUUCAAUGCUCAAGGCCAGCCGCUGUGGCUAGAACACGUGCCCACUGCAUGUGCAAGAGUGGACGCCCUGCGAUCUCAUGGUUACCCCAAAGAAGCGUUGCGUUUAGCAGUUGCCAUUAUAAGCACCCUAAGGCUACAGCAGCAGCGGCAGCUAGAGAUAUACAAGCAGCAAAAAAAAGAGCUGAUCCAGAGAAAUUCCACUACAAUCACUAAUCUAGAGGGUUGGGUGGGACACCCUUUGGAUCCCAUCGGCUGCUUGUUCACUACUCUCACAGAGGCCUGCCGAGCAGACGAAGAAAAUGCAAUGGAAGCAUCUGAGAUUAGCGAGUCUCAGCAUCCGAUCUAUCAACAUGUCUGUGUACCAAACUCCUCCCCAGAGAAUGGUGAAUCCUAUCUGGCCCUGGCAUUGGAGGUAGCUUUAAUGGGCAUGGGCCAGCAGCGACUGAUGCCCGAAGGACUCUAUGCCCAGGACAAAGUGUGUCGCAAUGAGGAGCAAAUCAUUGGCAGGCUGCAAGAGCUUGACCUAGAUGCUGUGCUGGUGCAGACGCUUCGCAAGCAAUGCAUUCUUCUCCUGGAAGGUGGUCCCUUCAGUGGUCUGGGAGAGGUCAUACACCGAGAGAGUGUACCAAUGCACAUGUUUGCCAAAUACCUAUUCUCUGCUCUGCUGCCUCACGAUGCAGACCUGGCCUAUAAAUUAUCACUGCGAGCAAUGAGGCUUCCCUUGUUGGAGAGCAAUGCGCCCUCCGGAGAUGGGUCACAUCCACAUCAUAUAGUGUCUGUGGUACCCAGCCGCUACCCUCGCUGGUUUACUUUAGGACAGCUGGAAUCACAGCAGUGUGACCUGGCUUCCACCAUGCUGACUGCGGCAAAAGGUGACAUGCUGCGUCUUCGCACAGUGCUUGAAGCCAUUCAGAGGAAUAUCCACUCGUCCUCCCUUAUCUUUAAGCUGGCACAGGAUGCCUUUAAAAUUGCAACUCCAGCAGACAACAGCCCUGACACCACUCUGCUCAAUGUCGCACUGGAACUUGGCCUGCAGGUUAUGCGAAUGACUCUGAGCCCCCUGAAUUGGAGACGAAGAGAGAUGGUCAGAUGGCUUGUCACCUGUGCUACUGAAGUUGGUGUACGGGCCCUGGUUAGUAUUCUACAAAGCUGGUAUACACUUUUCACCCCUACGGAGGCCACCAGCAUUGUGGCGGCAGCAGCCACGUCCCACAGCACUGUUCUAAGACUCAACCUGGACUAUGCCCAGCGAGAGGAACUGGCCAGCUGUGCCCGGACAUUGGCCUUGCAGUGUGCCAUGAAGGACCCCCAAAACUGCGCUCUCUCUGCCUUGACCCUGUGUGAAAAAGACCACACUGCAUUUGAAACUGCAUAUCAAAUUGCAGUAGAUGCAGCCUCAGGUGGCAUGACUUAUGCUCAGUUAUUUACCAUUGCCCGCUACAUGGAACACCGUGGCUACCCUCUGCGGGCUUUCAAACUCUGCUCACUGGCCAUGAACCACCUUAACCUGGCUUACAACCAGGACACACACCCAGCCAUUAAUGAUGUACUGUGGGCCUGCUCGCUGAGCCACUCCUUGGGAAAAAAUGAACUGGCAGCACUGGUACCACUAGUGGUAAAAAGUGUUCACUGUGCCACUGUACUAUCUGAUAUCCUUCGACGAUGUACUUUGACUGCACCAGGUCUAGCUGGCAUCCCAGGUCGGCGGAAUUCCGGCAAAUUGAUGUCAACCGAUAAGCCGCCCCUUCGUCAGCUGCUUGAUGCUGCCGUCGGUGCCUACAUUAACACCACACACUCGCGCCUAACGCACAUUAGCCCUCGACACUACGGAGAAUUCAUCGAGUUUCUCAGUAAGGCCAGGGAGACCUUUCUGCUUGGACAGGAUGGCCUACUUCAGUUUGCCCAGUUCAUAGACAGUUUGAAACAGAUCUAUAAAGGCAAAAAGAAGCUGAUGAUGUUGGUGAGAGAACGCUUUGGGUGAGGCCACUCUCUCCAAUCCUUUUCCACUUCUCCGUUUCCAAACCACGUCUGUGAAGAGCUCCUGUCUGGGUACAUGUGUUCAUAGGGCCCAAUAUUCAGGGCCUGAGCCAGGACUGUUAGGAAAAUAAAAAAAUCCUCUUAAGUUGCAUGAGACCCACCAAGCAGUUCAUGCCUUCCCAGGGCAUUGCUUCCUCACAAUGCAUGGAUUCAGCUCUAGUCCUUUCAGUGCUUGUGACAACUAGCAACUUCUGUCCAUAAUAUGAUUUAGAGUGUUCAUACUUGGCAAACUCUUGCUAGAGCUGUGAGGGGAGAUUUCUGGGUUUGAUUUAAGGUUGGUUAUGAAUAGUUCAUGAUCUGUGGAUUUAAUCUCCUUAAGUGUCUUAGUAGCAGGACACACUCUGCUUGGCAGGGAUGAGCUAUAGUUAAUUUGUAGCUGGUGCAUAUAAACUGUAUGUAUUGCCAAGGCAUGAAUAGGCAUAACUGAUGGUGGGGAUAGAGUGUCUAAAUAGCUGGCCAGCAAUGGAUGAAAGCAAUGUAUUAUUAAUUGGCCUCUUCCACUUGAAUAUAGUUCUAUUAUUACUCCAAAACAUUUCAGUUUUGUGUGCUGCUUGUGUCUUGGGCUCCACAAUGUUACAUUUUCAAAGUUAAAGGGAUUGUCUUGGUCUAAAAGGUCCCUAUAUUGUUCUGCAUUAUAAAGAUAAUGCAUUAAAAAUAAUGAAAAAUAGUAAAUAAAAAAAUUAUACAUACUGCUAAACACUUAUCCCAUAGACCUGGGCUCAGCACAGGCCUACAUGAAACCACACACUGCAGUGCCCAGAGUGUCGCUCUUAUAAUAAAAAAAACACCCCUUUUAACUUAACCUACACAGUGCAUCUAACGUGUGUGGGAGCCUGGAGUGUCCCUUUAAUAAAAUAAUCCCACCCAGUAUAACUUUUUAACCUAACCUACACAGUGCACCUAAUGUGUGUGGAGUGUUCCUUUAAUAAAAUAAUCCCACCCAGUAUAACUGUAACCUAACCUACACAGUGCAUCUAACGUGUGUUGGAGCCUGGAGUGUCCCUUUAAUAAUAUAAUCCCACCCAAUAUAACUGUAACCUAACCUACACAGUGCACCUAACGUGUGUGGGAACCUGGAGUGUUCCUUUAAUAAAAUAAUCCCACCCCGUAUAACUGUAACCUAACCUACACAGUGCAUCUAACGUGUGUGGGAGCCUGGAGUGUCCCUUUAAUAAUAUAAACCCACACAGUAUAACUAACUGUAACCUAACCUACACAGUGCACCUAACGUGUGUAUGAGCCUGGAGUGUCCCUUUAAUAAUAUAAA